AGAAGUAGGGAAAAGUAUUGUAUUUUGUUGACGCCAUUGUGAAGCUUACUUUCUCGAUUUCAACUCCCAAAUAACCCAACACACAUACACAACAAUAAUACGAAGAAGAAGAAACAGUACAAGAUCAUCGUCGACACCCACCCCCCACCCACCUUACCCUUCCCCACUACCCAAUCUAUCACCAACCCAUCUCCCCUUUUCCCAAAUUAAAUCGACCCAUUUACUCAAAUUUCCAAACUUUUUGACCCAGAUUCACACUACUCCUUCUGUGUUGUGUUAUGCUUGAUGAUUGCUGGUUCUGUUUUUGGGUUUAAUGCAGAGGGGUGAAUGACUGAAUUCAAUGGACGUAAAUUCUGCGUGUGUGUAGCAUGCACUGGUUGAGUUACGUGGGGUUUGAGCUGUAACGGCAGCUGGAUUUUCAUUGUAAUUCAAACAGGUUGUUCGGAAUUACGGAUAUAAUUGAUAGAGAGGAAAUGCCGAAUCAAGUUGUGAAAGUCAAGAGAGAUAAAAUUGCGGCAUGCAUUACAUGCCCUCUUUGUCAUAAGCUAUUCAGAGACGCUACGACUAUUUCCGAAUGUCUUCAUACAUUUUGCAGGAAAUGCAUCCAUAAGAAGCUCUCUGAUGAAGAAACGGAAUGCUGUCCAAUAUGCAAGAUUGACUUGGGUUGUAUCCCAUUAGAGAAAUUGAGGCCAGAUCAUACUCUGCAAGAUAUAAGAGCAAAGAUAUUCCCUUACAAGAGGCAAAAGGUGCAGGCACCUGAAGCUGUGCCUUCAAUAACGCAGGCACCUGAACCUGUGCCUUCAGUUACCCCUCCAAUCAGGAGAAAAGAGAGAUCACUAUCAUCACUAGUGGUCAGUACUCCAAGAGUAUCAACACAGACUGGAACAACAGGAAGAAGAUCAAAAUCAGUGGCAAGAAAAUUAUUACGAGGCUCCACAUUUUCUGUUGAGAAACCUGUCAAGAAAGAUGAAAGUUCCGCAGAAGAUCAGCUGCAUAGCGCUAGUUCACCUGAGACUUUGAACAAGUUUACUCAGAACAUUAAGCAGAAUUCUUCUAGUGUUGAGCUAUUUGGCCAACCCACUCCCGAUAAUGAAACAGAGAAUGGCAUGGACCAGUGGAAAAGUAAAGUUGAUUUGUGGAAGCCUUUGAACUGUUUGGUGGAAGUAGCGAAUCGGAGCAAGUCUGCGAAGUUUACUUCCCAAGGUUCUACUGUCAUAUCAGAACAUCCUCAGUCCAUUGACAAUGAGGCUCAUGUCCGUAAACCUAAAGCAAAAAGACAUGGACAAGAAAUCAAUGUCCACGAUGACAAUAAUAACAAUGAACCUGCUCAUUUGGGGACAGACAAACCUAAAAAGAUGCGGAGAAAUAGCCAAAAGAAGGCGACAUCAGAUGGAGGAUUUAUUAUUUCACCACAAACUGUGUUGGACGCAAUCACUACCAAAUGUGAAAGAAGGAAUAAUCCAAUUUGGUUCUCAUUAAUGGCCUCCGAAGAUAAGGAGGGAGAUGCACCCUUGCCCCAAAUUUCUGCAAGUUACUUGAGAAUAAAGAAUGGCAGUGUUCCUGUUUCUUACAUCCAAAAGUAUCUGAUGAGGAAGUUAGAUCUUACGAGCGAAGAUGAGGAAGUAUUAAGAGAAUUGGUUCAACUGAGGAACUUCUUGGAAAUGGAAGGUGCACAAAUUGUUUCAGUGCUGAAGCCCCACUCUUAAGAUGAAUUAAAUCACCUUGCAUCAUGCUUGGUUACAUAAACCUCGAGCAGUUCAAUUGUUUUGGUAACAUAAACCUUGGAUAAGAUGUCUUAAGUGAUGUCCGAAGGGAAUAUGUGUGCAUCCACGAGUAAGUUAUUUUUAUAUUUACCUUUUAUUUUCUUUUGAAUUCAGAAGCAAAAAAGCUGUAAAGAAGUUUAAAGUUGGCACAACCAUAGCAUUUUGUGUUCCACCAUACAUUGCGAAAAUAGUAAUCCGUGUUAGCUGUAAUAUUGGAAGAAGUAGCUGUUUCAAGCAAUUUAUACAAAAAUAUUUAGACAAACCGAAGCUGGGCUAUAUCAAGUCGUUGGUGAGGUUGUUCUAGAAAAGAGCUGGACAGUUAUAAAUAGUUUUGGUUCUAGGGUCUAUCAGUGAGUGGGUUUUUCUCAAGGUUAUUGUGUUUCAUCACAAGUGAAGACAAAGUCAAGCAGGUGAGUUUCAGGGUGUUGGGUUUUUAUGAUGAGUUUUAGCAUUUGCAGUUACCAUUUUGUAUCUUCUCAUGCAUUACUGAUUCUACAUUUUUUCCACGAUCCGUGACUCAAGAAGUGGGUGUUAUUUUGUGAAGCGUCUGGAAGUGACAACUGUGACUGAUACCAUUCGUCUUUCUUAGAAGUAAACCAACUUCUUAACCCUGUAUUUAUCGAAGGAGGGAAAGAGAGAUUGUUGCAUCUAAGGGUGAGGCCUACUUGUCAACGAAGGCAAAACACUAGGUGAUUUCUUCCCAUCUGCCUAAGCCUUAGUGGGCAGAAUUACCCGGUACCUGUGCUGGUGGGAGGUAGCAGGUGCUGGGUGGAAUCAUCCGAACAAAGGAAGCAAGAAAGAAGAGAGACUGUUAUCGUUGAGUAAAUUCCAAUUUAGAAAGCACAUCAUGAU